AUGACGAUACCAGACUCGCCCAAGACACCCAAGGCCGACUACGCUGUGAUGGAUCCCUGCAUGAACAUGAAUACUCAAUCGAGCCUGCCAAGUACCAACGAUUUGCAGUCCGUUCCUCCUACGACAAAAGAGUCGUGUUCUCCUCUCCGGAAGCUUGCUCGCUGGUGGAUCGCGCUGCGUUGGCAACUGGCACGUAACCUGUUCUCCGUGCCGUUGCCGUUCCUGACGUCGGUGUUUGAUGUCAAACUCGGUGAUCUUUUCAUCGUAUUCCCGAUCUGUCUGGUCUUUAUCAUCACCACUGCAAUCCAGGCCAAUGAUCGCGAGGUGGAGAGCACUGGCAACCCUCCAACCUAUGGGCUCUUGGUCGUGUUCAUCCUGACUGUUCGAAACAAUUCGGUUCUUCUGGCACUGACCGGCAUCUCGUACGAACGUGUUCUGUUCUACCACAAGAUCGCUGCAUUGAUCACGAUCAUCCUGUCGGGUCUGCAUGGUUUCGCGUAUAUUCUUGCCCACGACAAGGGCGAGAUCUCUGGGGAGGGAGACAUGGUGCUCACCGGUACUGUGGCAUUCGGUGCGAUGGUACUGAUGUUCGUAUUUUCGUUAGGCUUCGUACGUCGUCGCUUCUUCGAGUUCUUCCUACGCACUCACUGGAUCCUCUUCAUCGUCGUGCUAGUGUUUGCAGUCAUUCAUGGAGCUUCGACUGCGCUUAUCGGUAUCAUCCCUUGGGGUAUCGACAUGGCAUUCCGCCACGCCUACCGCCCUCGCGUCUACGCUCAAGGCUCCAUUAUCGGAGGCAAUAAAUCAACUUCACAAGACUCGGCUAACUUCACUGGUAAGAGCAUGGGCGUCAUUGCACGCGACCAAGUUGCUAUGUCUGCGCUACCUGGUAACGUCGUUCGGAUCCAGUUCCCCCGUGUCCGUAAGGAUACUGGCCAAGUCUUUAACUACCAAGCGGGGCAGUACGUCUUCCUGUGUGUGCCGACCAUUUCGAGUCUGGAGUGGCAUCCGUUCACAAUCUCUUCGUCUCCGCAUGAGCCGAUGGUGACGUUGCACAUCAAGGCACUUGGUGAUUGGACGAGCAAGCUGCAGUCACUCAUCGUUGCCUUGGGUGGUGAAGUGGCAUCCCCAUUCGACGUCCUGGUUGACGGUCCCUACGGAAGCGUCUCCAUUGAUAUCAAGACUCCCACUACAUACUCGCACUUCGCGCUGUUCUCCGGUGGAAUUGGUGUGACUCCGAUGCGAUCCGUCGUCAAUCGGUUGCACUACGAGGCUCAUCAUGAAGGCCGUUCCAGUAUCGAACGCGUCCACUUCGUCUGGUCCGUGCGCAACCGUGAUAUGGCUCAGAGUCUUGUCGUCGACGUGACUGGUGACAACAGAGGCGAUUGCUACUUCCCGAACGGUAUCAUCAACAACGUCGGAGACGCCUUCUCGAGUGAGAUUUAUCUGUCUCGUUCUGAACGUGACGUCGAGGCUGCUGACUUGGAUCGUCAUCUGGGGAGCAGUCUCCGUUAUGGAUCUCGUCCGGAUAUUUCAGCUACGCUGCGUAUGGUCGGCGAACAAGCGAAGCAAAAUGGCAAGACGCGCGUUGCAGUAUUAGUCUGCGGUCCUUCGAUCAAUGCCAACAUCCCUACAAUCGACCACGACGAAGUACAACCAUUCGAAGAGAUGGAACCAACCACAGACUCGGAGAAGUCUGCUAUCAAGUACAAGCCGCAACUGCAUAUCUCAGACGGUUGCCACCCGUACCCUGUUGUCCAAGCUGACGGCUCCGUGAGCGCUGGUUUGAAAUGGUCAGGCAGGUACAGAAGUGGCUGCAAAGGCUCCGACUUGGGGUCCCAGGUCUAUUCUCGAUCCGCCUGGUACAAGGGCAAGUGGGCCAUCAUGUACGCUUGGUAUUUCCCAAAGGGGGCGAAUCCCGUGUCUGUGUUUGGAUCUGGUCACCGUCACUACUGGUUGCAUGCAAUCGUGUGGACGGACAGUCCGAACCCUGACAACUCGACUAUUCUCGGCGCGUCGAUGGCUGGUACUACGAACAACGAGAAGACAUCAACUGUGAAGUCAAAAUAUCUUGCAAAUGGGACGAGCCUCAAACUCGAUUCCUUCGUGGGCUUGUGGACAGGUAUCCAGGCUCUGCGGCUAACGAAAAAGUCCGGUGAAACCCAGGACCUUAUCACAUGGGAACAACUAACGGACGAAGCGCGUGAUGCUCUGAGCGACUUCAGCUUCGAGUCUAGUGAAUCACGCGAAUGGGUGGUGAUGCCGCUUAGGGAUUCGGCCUUCAAGGUACUUCUGAAGAACUCUUAUCCGUUUAGGUAG